CAUUUUUAUUAACUCUCUUCUCUUCUAAUCUUUCUCCGCAUCUUCCUUCAUUUCUUCUUUUCUCCCCAUUUUCCCAUUCAAAUUCAAAAAUCCCCAGAUCUCUCAAUUUUCGAAAAACCCUAACCCUAAAAUUCAAUCUUACAUCGAUCUUAAUCGGUGCUUUGAUUUACAGUAAUGGAGAACUUGAUUUCUCUCGUUAACAAGAUUCAGAGAGCUUGUACUGCUCUCGGCGAUCAUGGUGAUGAAAGCGCUCUUCCUACUCUUUGGGAUUCUCUUCCCGCCAUCGCUGUCGUCGGAGGUCAGAGUUCGGGGAAGUCGUCAGUUUUGGAAAGCAUUGUUGGCAAGGACUUUUUGCCUCGUGGAUCUGGUAUUGUUACUAGGCGUCCUCUUGUUCUACAGUUACACAGGGUUGAAGAAAAUAGAGAAUGGGCAGAAUUUAUGCACCUUCCAAGGAAACGAAUCACGGAUUUUGCUGCUGUGCGGAAGGAGAUAGCAGAUGAGACUGAUAGAGAGACUGGACGUAGUAAAGCAAUCUCUAGUGUUCCUAUUCAUCUAAGUAUAUACUCCCCCAAUGUUGUUAAUCUUACGUUGAUUGAUCUUCCCGGACUUACCAAAGUGGCUAUUGAUGGCCAACCUGAAAGCAUUGUUCAAGAUAUUGAAAAUAUGGUUCGCUCCUAUAUUGAGAAGCCCAAUUGUAUCAUUUUGGCAAUUUCUCCCGCUAAUCAAGAUCUUGCUACUUCUGACGCAAUUAAAAUUUCUCGUGAAGUGGAUCCCAAAGGAGAGAGAACUUUUGGAGUUUUGACGAAGGUUGAUCUUAUGGACAAAGGAACUGAUGCGGUUGAUAUUUUGGAAGGCAAAUCAUACAAGUUGCAGUAUCCAUGGGUGGGUGUUGUAAAUCGAUCACAGGCUGAUAUCAAUAAAAAUGUUGAUAUGAUUGUUGCUCGACGUAAAGAGCGAGAAUUCUGGUCCAGUAGCCCAGAGUAUAAGCAUCUUGCUCAUAGAAUGGGUUCAGAGUUCUUAGCUAAGAUGAUGUCCAAGCAUUUAGAAACUGUCAUCAAAUCCCGGAUUCCUGGCCUUCAGUCUCUUAUCAACAAAACUAUUGUUGAACUAGAAUCAGAGUUGAGCCGUCUUGGGAAGCCUGUUGCUACUGAUGCUGGAGGCAAGUUAUACAUGAUCAUGGAAAUAUGUCGAGGAUUUGACCAGAUAUUUAAAGAACAUCUUGAUGGGGUACGCCCAGGUGGUGACAGAAUCUAUGGCGUGUUUGAUAAUCAGCUUCCUGCUGCUUUGAAAAGGUUGCAAUUUGACAAGCAACUUUCCAUGGAGAAUGUGAGGAAAUUAAUCACAGAAGCUGAUGGGUAUCAACCUCAUCUUAUUGCUCCCGAACAAGGUUAUCGGCGACUGAUUGAAUCUUGUUUGGGUUCAAUUAGAGGUCCUGCUGAGGCUGCAGUUGAUGCGGUUCAUGGAAUAUUGAAGGAGCUUGUUCACAAGGCUAUCAGUGAAACUGCGGAACUAAGACAAUAUCCCACCCUACGAGUAGAAGUUGCAAAUGCUGCAUCCGAGUCAUUAGAGAGGAUGCGAGAUGAAAGCAAGAGAGCGACCUUGCAGCUUGUUGAUAUGGAGUGUGGUUACCUCACCGUUGAUUUUUUCCGGAAGCUUCCUCAAGAUGUUGAGAAGGGUGGCAACCCAACACAUUCAAUUUUUGACCGUUACAAUGAUUCAUAUCUCCGUCGGAUUGGAUCAACUGUCUUGUCAUAUGUCAACUUGGUUUGUGCUACAUUGAGAAAUUCCAUUCCUAAAUCAAUUGUUUAUUGUCAAGUUCGUGAUGCAAAGCGCAGCUUGCUUGAUGUUUUCUUUACAGAGUUGGGUGGGAAAGAGGCAAAAGCAUUGGGUAAGAUGUUGGAUGAGGAUCCAGCAAUUAUGCAGAGGCGUACCAACUUAGGAAAGAGGUUGGAGUUGUAUAGGACUGCGCAGUCAGAGAUUGAUGCUAUUGCCUGGUCCAAGUGACGGAGACAUCUGAGCAGAAACAUUUUCUUUGUGCAUCCCGAAUUGCUAGUUGUAGCAAAAAUGUGAUUCUUUGAUUCAUAUGGAAAUAUACAGCAUGGUUUUCUCAUCCAUGAUUGAGGCCAUUGUAGGGACGAGUCACACCCAAUUAUAUUUCUACUAGCAUGUGUAUAUGCUCUGAUGGUGUAAUGUAUUCAUCUUUGAUGCUUGAACUUCUACAGAAUUCUAUGCAGUGAGGUGCCUCUUUUAUGUCGA